AUGAGUAUGAUGAGAGAGCUAACAUUUUUCCUUGGACUACAAAUCCAUCAAUCAGAAAGUGGAAUAUUCAUCUACCAAACCAAGUAUACAAAGGAAUUGAUUCAAAAAAUUGGAAUGAGCAAUGCCAAAUCAAUUGGAACUGCUAUGAGUCCGUUUACAAGUUUAGACAGGGAUGAACAGGGAAAAUCAGUAGACGAAACCAAGUAUCGUGGAAUGAUUAGGUCUCUACUAUAUCUUACGGCUAGUCGACCAGAUAUCAUGUUCAGUAUUUGUAAAUGUGCCAGGUUUCAGUCAGCUCCUAAAGAGUCUCACUUAAUAUCAGUAAAGCAAAUUAUUCAUUAUCUCAUUAGAACCACCUCCUACGGACUUUGGUAUCCUCACUCUAAAAAUUUUAUACUUGAGGGUUUUUCAUAUGCCGAUCUUGUAGGUGACAAUGAGGACAAAAAAAGCACAAGUGGGACUUGUCAAUUACUGGGAAAAGCACUAAUUUUCUGGAAGAGUAAAAAACAGGGAUCAAUGGCUCUUUCCACAACUCAAGCAGAGUACAUUGCAAUUGGAUAA